CGCAGACUCGAAACCGCCUUUCCUUUUGCAAUCUUGCGACCGACUUCACCGAUCUUUACGACAGACCUAGCGUCCGGACCAAACGUAGACCGCUCAGCAUCAGGACAAGUGCGAAAACGCCAGCUAGACACUGCUCGUUUUCCGAAAGCAGCUGCAAGGCCAGGGGCAGCAAAGGCCAAGCUUUGGAUGUUCAGAUCACCCUGAUCGCAAGCGCGAAGACGACACCAGGUGUCUCAUAUUGAGCAGCGUCCUUCUCAAACGGCAACGAGCUCUGACGCGUGCGCAGAGGGAGAGGGAUUCAUCCGUCACACGCAGCUGCCGCAAGGAAGCAAGGAGAAGGACUGCGAACGGGAGGGGGUUUGAGCGGAGAAAUGGCAGACGAAGUAGCUACGUCCGAUGGCCGUGGGCGGCGGGGAAGCGGGGUCGCCAGUGCAACGGCAGCCAGCAAGGCGGCAGACGGGCUCGGCGAGGGUGAGGUGGCAGGAGUAGCGGCGUCAGGGUCAGGUGCUGGGCAAGACGGUCCUGCGCAGGAAAGAGAUCCAGGGUUAGAAGAAGACGAAGAAGAGGAGGAAGAAGAGGAAGAGGAAGAGGGCGGCGACGCAGCUGCUCAAGGGGCCGAACGGCAAGCAGCGGGAGAGGGAGACGCUGCUCAGGACGAUGAGAUGGCUGUUCCAUUUGAGGACGACAUGUAUGAAUCAGAGUCAGAUAGCGGGACAGACUCGUUGACGUGGAUCAGCUGGUUCUGCUCGCUACCUGGGCACGAGUACUUUGCCGAAGUCAGCGAAGACUUCAUCGAGGAUGACUUCAACCUCACCGGUCUGAACGCGCUCACUCCCUUUUACAAGGAGGCCCUCGAGAUGAUCCUCGAUGUUGAGCCUCAGGAGGACAGUCUGAAGAUCCCCGACGUCUCCAUUGUCGAGUCAAGCGCCGAGCUCCUCUACGGGCUUAUCCACCAGCGAUAUAUCCUCACAAGGCAGGGCCUUCAACAGAUGGCGGAGAAGUACGAGCAAGGUCACUUCGGCUUCUGUCCUCGCGUAUUCUGCCAUUCGCACCCUGUCCUUCCUUGCGGUCGGUCGGAUCUUCCAGGGCUGGACACAGUCAAGCUCUUCUGUGCCAACUGCGUCGACAAUUACACUCCGCCAUCGUCACGGUUCCACGCAGUCGAUGGUGCCUUUUUUGGGACAACGUUCCCACACCUCCUCUUCCAAACCUACCGCGAUCUGGCACCGUCUCCAAUUGCGCCGCCGGGCACCAACUACAGCUCGCUGAACGCCCAUGCGACACAGACUUCGCAACAACAACGGCAAGAGAAUGAGGAGGGAUCAUCGAACCAGAAUGGAAGUGCAGUGGGCUCGGCUGCCGCCGCAACGAGUGGAGGCAAUGGUGGGAGAACAAGAGGGAGCGGAGCGACAGCGAGUACCUUGCUGCCGUCGCAAAUCGGACAGCGUGUUCCACAGGCUCGACUGUACACGCCUAGAAUUUACGGCUUCCGCGUGAGCGAACACGCCAAGAGCGGGCCGAGGAUGAGGUGGAUGAGAAUGAGGCCCGAGAGUUUCGAGGAGCUCGAUACGGGCAUUGCGCCUGCACCUACUGUGCCAUCGGCUGCUGCGACUGGCGCAUCGGACGCUAUUGACGAGGAUGAUGACGACGACGACGAGGAAGGCGGUGGUGGCGGAGCUGGAGCAGCUACAAAUGUUGCAUCUGUUCCGGGCGUCGUCGAUGGUAGAAGCACGGCGACAGGCCGACCGGUAACGGGCCGAAGCGGAAGUGCGGGCCUGACAUACUGACCGGCUCAGAGAAAGAAGAACAAUAAUACCUCCCUUUUUCGCCCCUCAUCUUCUUCCUUACUCGGCGUUGCCUACACUCAGACUCUGAGCUGGACCUCGGGCCCCCACAUCACUGUCCUCACAUUGUAGACCAGGCAAAAUCAUGAAGCAAAAGAAACGAAUCAGGCUUUAAGAAAAGGUCGAUUAUCGUCAAGAAGUGAUCCAUGCUGUAGAGAGGCUUAUAUUCGACGGGGAUGCAAAAAUGCUAGAAGUA